GCAUCGCACCGAAUUUGAAUUCAAGAUCAUUGCUUCGUGUAAUUGCACUUCGAGCAUCGGAAUCGGUUAGAGAGUGAGAGCAUAACAUUUGAUAAGCAAAUUUAACGAUUUUCUUCUUCUUCCAUUUAUCACAUCAGUUAAAAUCAUCUUGUUGGCAUCGAUAAUUAUAGGCGUUGUGGUUUUAAAGUAUCAAUUUAAUAUACAUUGAUUGAUUGAUAGUGCUAACGAAAUUGAUGAUAAGAAAGAGUGAGCGAGAGAGAGAGAGACGUGGAUAGUAAAGGGCGAAGAAAGUGUAAAACAUAAAUACAAAAAAAUAAUUAACGGAAAAUCGUAUUUUAAAUUGAUAGUGCUGUGUAAUUGGUGGUGAUUAAUUCAUAAAUAUGCUCAUUAACAUUGUCAUAAUUGGCUUGUUUCAAUCAACAUUAGCCCUCUUUCAUCAUCAUCACAAAGCGCCAACUCACACAAAAAUUCACGUCUGUUUGACGCCUCCGACAACUCUGCAAAAGGUGCAAAAGCAUAUAAUUGAGUGUCAGCAUGAGGUAAAAACAAAUAUUUUCAAUGAAGCGUUCAGUCUGAUAAACGAUCACGCUUUUCAUCAUCCAGACGAUCAUGCCACAAUCGAUGUUCAUGGACAUGAUGAAUUUGCACAUCGGAAUUUUACACUCACCGAACAGGAGAUUUUGCAUUUUUUCGAAAAUCAUGAAUAUCCAAAGGGGGUUGCUGGUGAAAUAAGUGCAGGCAGUGGUCCAUUGGGAUCGUCGCUUGAGGUAUCGCAUGAAAAACAACCUGUAUCACAUGAAGAAUCGCAUGAACAACAUAAUCAACCGGCACUUGAUCCGAUUGUACAUCAACCGGUGCAUGAUCCAAUUCAUCAAUAUCCACAACACCAUCCACAUUUACAACCACAUCCAAAUCAAUAUCAUCGAAAUCCGCAUCCAUAUGGUUGGCAACGACCACUUCCAAUUGAAAAUUUUUACAAGAAAACAGAGGACGCUCAAUUCAAUCCCAAUAGACCGGAACAAGCACAACAUUUCCUGAGAGCAUUGACGCCUAAACGAAAUCCAUACGCAUAUUUUAAUGUUAAUGAUGGUGAACAAGUGAAAAUAAACGAUCGACCUCGUCGAUCCAUUCAUGAAUUGGAACUUCAUUCUGAAUCACAUUCAGGUGAAAUACCACAUCCAACGACUGCUUCGUUCAAAGACAAGCGCAUAGCUGGUUGUUUGAUGCAUUGCUUAUAUGAAAAAGAUCAUGCUAUCGAUCCACAUACUGGUUAUCCAACCUUAGACGGUUUGGUGAACUUUUAUUCAGAUGGUGUGCACGAGCAUGGUUUUUUCAUGACAACAUUGCGUUCGGUCGACUAUUGUUUGAAAGGGGCUUCACAUAAAUAUCACAUAAAUCGUCAUCAUAAGCCAAGUGCGGAAAUUAGUUGUGACCUAGCUUUUGACAUUUUCGAUUGUGUUAGCGAUAAAAUUACUGAAUAUUGUAGUAAGCAUCAUUAUCACGAUGACGAACACCAUUAUCAUCACGACGAGCAUUUACAUAAAGGACACCACCUACCGCAUUCUGAUGAGCACGCAAUCGAUCCACAUCCACAUCAUCACAAUGGACAAUUUGACGACGAAUAUCAUGACGAUGAAGCGUAUUACUAUUAUAAUAAAUAAUUUAUUAUUAAAACAAUAGCAAAAUAAUCAGCCGACCAUAUUUUACUUGAGUCAUUUAAUUUA